UCAAAGCCAGUCGUUGAUAAAAAAAAGGUCUUCCCGUCCUUCCUCUCUCUCCUCCCCCAUCCCUCUCGAGACUUUGUCCAGUCCAACGACAACCAUCGACACCAUGUCUACCGCCGAGCUCGCCUGCUCCUACGCUUCCCUCAUCCUUGCCGAUGAGGGCAUCGAGAUCACCGCCGACAAGCUCCAGACUCUCCUGACUGCCGCCAAGGUUCAGGAAGUUGAGCCCAUCUGGACUUCCAUCUUCGCCAAGGCUCUUGAGGGCAAGGACAUCAAGGACCUCCUCACCAACGUCGGUUCCGCUGGUGCCGCCGCCCCUGCUGGUGGUGCUGCCCCCGCUGCUGGUGGUGAUGCCGCUGCUCCCGCCGCUGAGGAGAAGAAGGAAGAAGAGAAGGAGGAGUCCGACGAGGACAUGGGCUUCGGUCUCUUCGACUAAACGUCUCGCAAAGAUUCCGUUCGGCUUCCCGUAUAUUUUUCCUUUUGGUUUUUCUCGUCACCUCGCUUCUUUCCGACCUCGCUUCUUCAACCCUCUCAUAUCUCUCCGUACCUGAUACUCCGCACUCUGCACGAAGAUCAAAAAGGGAAAAGGCAAAAAAGAAAAAUAUCCGGACAAAGACAUCAUUUGGGACUGGGCGCCAUGCUUGCAUUCGCAUGAUGGACUACGUCAUGGCAGAGGUACUGGACCGGAUGACGCUAGGAUUUCGGCUGUUGGGAACUUAAUGGUGAAUGGACAGACAGCAGCAUGUAUGGUAGUCCGGAGGCGAGGUCUACUUGGCCGCCUACGGUUUUCUAUCUGAUAUAUGUUGAUCAGCUACUUUGAUUCUUUUUGAGCUAGUUGCCCAGCUCUUAUGCGAUGUCUGUCAUGCGACCAUGAACAAAAGGUUUCCGUCUGCAAUCAGAUGGGUGG